AUGAGUAUCUGUUGAAGUUUGUCCAAGCUUCUCUCAUCCAGACUUUCAUGAUUUUCUGCUGGAUUUCCCUCCUAAAUCUCUGCUGUUUCUCUAAUGAAUUAUAUUUUUAUGUCCUGACCGGCGUUUUAGGGGUUUCCCUUAUGAGGAAAGCAAUGAGAAUUCGAUCAAGUUCACCUCCGAUCCACGUGCAUGUUGAUGAUGCCACACCGGUCCACGUGCACGUGAAGAGCAAGAGGACCAGUCCCACCAGGUCGCCUCAGAGCAAGGCCAAAGCCGAUGGAGGAGUCCUUCAUCCCACAGCCAAGGUCAAAACUCGAGUGCCAUGGAUUCCACCGGGUAAGGCCUCCAUACGGGACGCCACACAUGUCUGGGAGGGACCAACGCACCGCCUAGAAAUCACACCGCCCAAACCUGAACCAGAACCCGAAGAUUCCCAGUCUGCGCUACGAUUGGCUGACCUCACCUCAGAGGAAGAGGAAGGUCUACAUGGGAGAAUCAGCCAGUACGAGAAAAAGAUCGACAGUUUGAUGACUGAAGUCAGCUCCCUGAAGAACGAGGUGGAGCUGAGGAAGAAGGAGCAGCUGCUGGAGCGUCAGUCGGAGCAGCUGAGCGCCUCCCAGCGAGUGAUCGCCCAGCAAGAGGAGGAGCUGGUGGAGGUGACGAAGGAGCUGGAGGAGUCAGAGCGGGAGAACACGCGACUGCGUCAGUCCAUGGAGAAGAUGCUGCAGGAGAGCGACUACAGCAGGUUUGACAGAGAAGAUCUGCACAAAGACAAAGAGGCUCUGCUCAGGAAGCUGAUGGAGGCCGAGGUGGACGGAGCGGCGGCUGCAAAACAAGUGUCUGAGCUGAGAGAGUCCGUGUCUAAAAUCUGCAGGGGGAGCAGCACACAGAAGAAACUCUCGGGCUCCGAGUCAUCCAUCUUGGCUCGUCAGAAAGAUCUGCUGCUGCAGAAACUGGAGACGUUCGAGGCGACAAACCGGACGCUGAGACACCUUCUGAGAGAGCAGCAUGGCUCACAGAUGGAGGCGGCGCGUCUGUCGGAGCACAAAGAAGCUUUACUGAAGACGCUGGCCGAAACAGAGGCAGAAAACGCCCAUCUUGUGGUGAAACUUCAGGAGAAAGAAAGAGAGAUCAACCGACUCUCUAAACUUCUAGACUCUGAGAAGGAAAAUGCCAGGAGCACAGGUGAACUGUCAAAGAGUUUGGAGUCGACGAGAGCUCACCUUCAAGGUCAGCUGCGGAGUAAAGAGGCUGAAAACAACCGUCUAACAGUGCAGAUAAAGAAUCUGGAGCGAGCAGCCAAUCAGCAGAAGGCAGAGAUGGACCGUCUGAAGGACCAGCUGGCGAGGAUGAAGCAGGAGGCGGUCUCAGACCGAGAGGCUCUGAAACGAGCAACCAGAGCGCAGAAACAUCGAGCUGAGCGCAGCGAGGGCACGGCGGGCCAGCUCAGCGUCCAGCUCCUGGAGAUGGAGAAGCAGGUGAACGAGGCGCUGACAGCAGCAGAGAGCUGGCAGAGUCGACACGCACAGGAAGUGAAAGAGAGGAGUAAACUGGAGAUCGAAGUCUCGCUGUCAAAAAGCCGGGUAGCAGAGCUGACGGAGCAGCUGCAGAGCUCCGAGGAGAAGAGUCGAGCAGAGAGAGAAGCGCUGCUGGAUCACCUCCACGCUCUGACCACGGAGAGCACCGCCGCCAAACUGGAGAACCAGACGCUCAAGGCUACGGCGUCUGCAGUGGAGGAGAAGCUGGCCUUGUCUCAGUCUGAGCUGCAGCAGGUCAGAGCUUCAAUCCAGCAGUACGAGAGCCUGGUGGACAGCUACAAGAUCCAGGUUGGGAAGACCCGUGCAGAGGCAGACGAGUACUGUUCUCGACUGGCUCAGGCAGAGCGGGAGGCUCAGGCAGCGAGGGCAGAGCUGGAGCAGGAGAUCGAGGAGGUGCGCAGCGAGCUGCUGGGCCGGCUCACGGAGCUGGAGCCUCUUCCUGAAGCUCUGAGACGGUCUAAAGCUCAGCUGCAGGAGGCGCAGGAGAGAGAGCGCAGCCAGGAGAGGCGCAACAAGGAGCUGAGCACGACGCUGACGGAGCUACACAUGAAGGUGGAGACUCAGAGCGGUCAGAUGGAGAUCCUCAGACAGAAGAACAAGCUGUUGAUGGAGGAGAACAGGAAGCUCCAGCAGAAAGUCGACAGCUUAGAAAGGAGGCUGGAGGAGGCUGGCAGUCAGAACAGCGACCUGCUGGCAGUCGUCUCCAAACGCGAAGAGACCAUCCAUGGCAACCAGCUCCGCCUGGAGGAAAAAUCCCGGGAGUGUUCGCUGCUGAGCCGAAAGCUGGAGGAGGCUCUGGAGGAUGCUCGACAACAGAUGUCAGAGACCAGAGAGCGAGCUGUCACCAAAGAGCGCUCCACCCAGUCUAAGAUCCUGGAGCUGGAGACUAAACUGAGCCGGAUGACCUCAGAGAUCAACCAGCUGCAGCGCAGCAAAGAGGAGGUGGAGCGGCGCUAUCAGAGCAGACUACAAGACGUGAAGGAUCGUCUGGAGCAGUCAGACAGCACCAACCGCAGCCUGCAAAACUAUGUCCAGUUCCUCAAAGCCUCGUAUGCUAAUGUGUUUGGAGACAUCGCUGUGAGCAGCUCACUGCGAGCGCCCUCGCCCAUCUGAGGGUCAGAGACCACAACUGCCCCCUCUCCCCGGUCUCCUGCUGGCCUGUACUCUCAUUGCUCCAGGACCAAACAGGUCUGAGCACGGUUACCUCGUGUACACGUCAUCAGGUUGUACUGGGACACGUUCAUGGCUUUGUUUAAAGAAACACUGUCAGAUCAGUGUCACCACAGUGGAGAACAACACAGAGAACAUGACUGCAGCUUUACUCUUUGUGAAUUAUUUUGCAUCCAAUACAGCUCUGCAGUACUCCAAGAUUUCUUGAGUCCCUUUGCUUAUAUUAUACGUCACAUUCACAUUGCAUACCCGUGCUUGUGCUCAUGCAUAAGCGACCAACUAUGCAGAAUCUCCCAUCUUCCAUCCAUGCUAGGCCCACAGAAGCAUGGAACAGGGAACUCACACAAGACUGGACUUUGGGGGUCAAACAUGCAGGGCCUUCGUAAGGAAGUGUGAGUGCACCCUAAGACUGUAUUAUUGCAUUAUUAUUAUUGCAUGCACACAUUCCCAGAUAUCGCUUUUACAAUGUUUGACAGCAGGCUGCAGGUUACUGUAGCGGGCUGCUAGAAUGUAAGAAUUUGUUCUUUUUGUAAAAAUUAAUUUAGAAAAGAUUUUUUAGAACAUAUCCCUUUAAAUCUAAAACAUUUAUCUUAACUGAGGAUCCCUUUUAAUAAAAGAAACUCUUAAUUUAAGAAUUUAAAAUGCAUCUCCUACAGAUACCAUCAAAACUACUAAGGUUGUCAGACUUUUAGAAAAUUUCGAUACCGAGUGUUCUCUUUAAUUUCAAUUAUCGGUAAUAUGCAAAGUAUAAAAACAACAACACUGUUCUUCCUCCUGUGGAGCAUCAUCCUUUAAACCUUUUUAAUUUAAACCUGAGUGCAGCCCUAGUGAAGAGGACAGUACAGUCAGAAAGGGAGAAAAACAAUGAAGCCUUAUGGCAUCACUACCCAGAAUUCAUUGCACAAAAAUGGCAGCCUACAGAAAUACACAUAAGGAACGUUAAUAUGAGCAAUGCAGGGGUGCAACCUCACCACUAGGCCUUCUUCACAGCCAGGGGCGUAGCUAGGGAUUCUGGGCCCCCAGAAAGAAUAUUACACAAGGCCCCCCCUUAACCGGCUAGCCAAGUGACAGAUGUUGCAUCAGUUUUACAAAUAUACAAGCAUUUAAAUGUAUUUCUGAACCAUAAUUUCCCAGUGUAUGAGCAAUAUUUUCACUGUGGUUAAAUUCAAUUUACUUGCAGUAUUUCGUAGCGCUGGACUGCACCAUUUGGACAUUUUUAAGGGAGGAGCAGGGGCCCCCAGGAUUUAUGUCACUCUAUUUGAUAUAAAUUUCAGUCUGUUGACUGAUUCAUUUAGCUGCUUUUGAUUCAACAACACUAAUUACUAAGAAAAAAUAAAUAAAGACACACUUUUCAGUGCAGGCUUCCCAAGGGCCCGUCCCCCCACUGUGGGCCCCAGGAAUCAGUACCACCACCACCCCCCCGCUACGCCCAUGUGCACAUCUAUAUGCAGGAAUCCCUUUAAAAGCUGCAAAGACAGAGUGAGUUUGAGGAAUUUUAUUUAUGAUGCUACUGCUAAGCACUUUUAGAGCAGUGAUACUCAACGCGUGGCUCUUUUGUGAUGAUUUGUGGCUCUUCUAUGUCUUCAUUUGAAAUAUUUUCCACCCAGAAAACCUUAAAAAAAAGGGAAACUUUGACCUCAGAAACUAUACCAUUGCAAGCCACACUCUUGUGCAGCUAUAGCUUUAAUUGUCAACCUUUAUUUUUUGGGUCUGUAUAUUUCUACGCCAUUAUUUGCACGCACACACACACACACACACCUUAUUUUUCCUUUUUUUGCCACUGUUAAUCAAUUUUUCUGCUUUUGAAGCCUAUUUGCCACUUGUUUUUGCCACUAUUGUCCUAUUUUGGCCCUUUUUAGACAACUUGUUGCCUCUUUUAUCCUGAUUUUUUAUGCACUAAUUUUGUCUCCCUUUUUUGCCACUUCUUGCCCAUUUAAGCUGCCUUAUGCCAUUGAAUGCUACUUAUUUUCCCCAUUGUUUCCACCCUUGCUGCUUUUUCCCUUUUUUAGUCACUUUUCUCUCAUUUUUUGCAACAUUUUUACCACUGUCUUUUUUUUUACCAUUUUUGCCGGCUGUAACUCA